UCGGUGCCGACCGCGCCGUCGGCAGACAGUGUCGUUCGGGUCGAGCGUGAUGGAGGGGUUGCGGCGUCGGGAAGCUGCCUCCGCGGCCCACUUGCUGGCAGCGCCCGAGAUUCGCUACUGACCGCCGACGCAGACCGACGAGGAGCGCGCGUCUGCCGGAAGGCCACGGUCUCCAGAGCCAGGAGGAUGCCGCGGUACCAGGACCUCCGGAGAGCCUCACCUGCCAGCCUCUCCGCGGUGGGGUGGUGCCAGCGGAGCCCAGCCCGGCUGGUGUGCUCGGCCCUGUGCCUGGUGUGGUGCGCCCAGGUGGGCGUCACGUCCUGCUCCCUGGGUCCCGUUUGGAGUGCCGUGUCCAGCUCGAGCUACUACAUCGCGGACGUGAGCCCGCCGCCAAGGCCGGGCAGGGGCUUCGUGCCGCCCACGCCGCCCUACUGCCCCGAAACAGGGCGCACCAUCUGCGCUGACGUCGACGAUUACCCCACGGACUACAUUUAUCACGUCCUGGUGGCAAGCAAGUCGAAGCACUUCAACUUCUCCACGCUGUUCGUGGACGAGCGCCUAGGUGACUCCGAGCCAAACCGGGCCCUGCUGCCGGACCAGCCGCGCACGGACAGCUACCUGGUGUACCAGACGGCCGUGCACUAUAACUACCAGCUGCCCCGGCACCAGCAGCACCACCACCAGAACCAGCAGCGUCACCAGCAACUGCAGCGGCAGCAUCAGCACCAUCAGCAGCAGCACCAGGAGCAUCACUUACAACAGCAUCAUCAGCGCCAGCUUCAGAAUGACAACGAUGACUGGGGUGACGAGCCGACCAUUCUGCCACCCGCCUUCGUCUAUCACAAAAGGGACCUGGUAAAGCGAGCCCCCGAGGUCGACCCGGCGUGUCUGGUGCGUACCAUGUUCGUGUCCCCCAAGGCAGGCCUCAACGACCGCUCCGAGUGGAAGUACGUCGUCAACGUCCAGGAGAGGGACUCCAGGGCCAAGCAGGUCAUCCGCGUAGACGUCUGCAGGUCUCCUGACAGAUCGUGCUCGAGCGUCAUCAGUCUGCCCUUCGGAUACAUGAGCCGUUGUCGACAAAAGUAUCUCAAGAAGAAGCUCCUCUCCCUGGACUCGGACGGCGAAGGGACGUCAGAAGACAACUUCUUCGUGCCUUCUUGUUGCGUCUGCGAACUGGUCAGGGACGUCAGCAAGAAGUAGAUGGGGCCUUCCUCCCUCCAAGAUAAGAAGCGACGGAUUAUCGACGACCCAGCAUUUCUUCAACAGUGUUGUGAUCUAUGAACACUGUGGCAUGUUGGGCUUAGUAUUAGGCUGACUGCGGAAGGACAGCACUUCUGCUGCCAAGCCGGUGGGUGACAGUCGGACAUCACGUUUUUUGGGGGGUUUUUUUCGAGAUCACCGAGACCCCUUUACCGGUUGGUGAUGCUUGAUUGUGAAGAAUCGAUUUCUCUACGAAAAACACCGAGUUCAAGAUAAAUAUGGACAGAAGUAUAUUCUCGUAGAUUAGUGAAGCGACGUAUUCCAGUAUAAUACGCAUCUUUGCUUUAUGGUUGCCUGAAGAAGGAAAGGCUUGCUGUGACGUUCAGAUGUUUCCGAUCUCGGCUGCUGGAUACUGCAUGAGUACUGCGUUCUUCAAGGCUACGUGAUCUCUCCUCACCCUCGAAGUGCGAGCUUAUGCGCUAUUCUUUCAAGCUCUCACAGUCCCUGUUUUUUCGUACUUGUUUAAGUUUUUUUUUUACAUCUCCGUUUAUAAUUUUAGGGCUCAUAUUGAACUCCUACAAUAUGAAUAUGGCGAAAAUACAGUCUGCACCAGGAACAAGAACACCGUGAUCAAUAUUGUUUUCUCGCUUGUACCAGUAUACUCCAGAGAGCGACUUUUCUAUGUGUGGUAUUAUCCGGCGGCCAUAGUUGAGCCCGUUGUUAUUGUGCCUAGAGUCACUAAAUGAGGUACGCUUAGAGUAUUGACACGCCGUUCCCCGAUCUGCUAGUGGGCGCCUUCAUCUUGGUGCUUGGUGCACAGCAAACGCAACUGUCGAUAUUGUUUUGCUCUGUCCAGGUGAUAUUGUUUUGCUCUGUCGCGAAAUGUUUGAACAUUUCGAGAGGACGGAAAAGCGUUUCUUACGAUUUAAGACAAAGCUUCAGAUAACUGGCAGCCAUGUUUUAAAGCACCAAGAUGGCUGAAGUGUCGUUAAAGUGAAGCAUAGCUUAGUUAAUGGCUCUAACUGCGCCCAUUGUGCCGACGCAUGCCUCCACAACGCUUUCGCAAGAUCCAUCCAACACCACUAAGUGUUUCUUUCUUUUUUUUUCUUUGGUUAUUACAUGAAAGCGCGUUCUUAGCAUGCGCGAGAAAACAACCAAUAUAUACUCCGUUUCACAAAUGUCUGCAAUAAAGACAAAGGCCCAGGCGCGACUAGUACACAGGGCGAUACUUUACAAAGCUACGCACUUGUGCCCACGCUUUUGUUUGCAUUGCAAAUGUUUGUGAGAUGGAGUAUAGUUUCAUAAUUCCGUAAAAUUUCUUGAAAAAGAAUUCCGAGGGCAUCUAAGUACUUACGAGUUGUGAAUGCGAAAGCAUGAAUGUCGUUCUUCGCACCGCGGUCGCUUCUGAUCCCCUCGGUGUCACCGCCAUUUCUGCUCCUUGGAACGCUGCGCGCCAGCAAACGGGAGCUUAUGCACCAAUUCGCUGCUACAAACUACAAGCUUCGCUCUAUGGGACAGGGGAACUUGGGUGCCGUCUGGCGCGGCUUCAAAAGCUGUAAACGCCAGUUCGCUCAUAAAACAGUUAAUGACUUCGCAUUUAAAAAAAAUCUAAAAAAUAAACCACGCGUGGGUAUUUUUACGAAGUCGUAUCUGAUAUUGGUGCGGCAAGUGUCCCGGUUUUUUGAAAAUUGCAUAAAAUGGUUUUCACAAGUUUCGAAUUUUGUCGGAUCUUCGGUUGAUUUUUGGCAGAUGUGUUCCCAUCUUAAUAGCGCCGAGAUGUUUCGGUGGCGCCCUCUUAUAGAUUCUGUUCUUGGCGUCACGACCAGGAUUUGCCUCGCCAUGAUGUCACGAGUUGUAUUCCUGGCUCUACUUACCAUCAGUUGCCAACUACAACUUCGAGGGUGUGUCUAAAAAGCACGAAGAAGCUUGGAGUCCUCGGAUUUGUAAACCAACACUCUUGAAGUUGACAGUCUGACAUUGUUCUUAUUUCCGUUGAUGACAGCAAAAUUAAUCCAAAUCAAGACGUCAUGGUGAGCGUUGGGCCAAUCGCGAAUGCCGAUCAUAGCAACGCGUUUGGUCGCGCAUGUCGCGAAUAGGCUGGAACCCAUUUACGAAAAACCGAAAAGAAAUAAACUACUUCCAUAAAUCCGUCCCCGCGCGCGUUGCAUUCUGGAAUCCUGUGGGCCUGGAGCGGAGCGUGUAUGAAUUUUUUUUUUUCUUCCCACUGAUUCCCAGAAUGCAACGCGUCAUUACGCCGCGAUGAGGCGCUUCAAUAUUUGGAGUAAAGUCUAUUGCACGAAGUUGGGAACACACACCUUGGUAUGCAUUCGAAUACCAAGAUGUUUAACCCAACCACGCGGUGCAUUUAGCGUACAAAAAUCGCGAACACGCAUUUCACGAGCCCAUUUUUGCAAAUUACGUUAAAAAUACCAUUAAAAAAA